UGCGACAACUGCCUUCUCUUGCUCCCUCUGGCAAGUGGUGCUAUGGCGUGGGCCGUGGUUAUGACGCUGUAUAGUAUUGGGGGUGGUGUCUUCCUCCUGAUGGUCGGUCAAUAUUUCUUCUUCGACUACCCGGAAUGGCAAAUCUACGGUGGUAUCGGUAUCGGUGUGGGAGUUGCUGCAGUUCUUUCCAUCCUUGCGCUUUCCAACAGGUCUUACAUCUGGACACGCGUCUGCAAGUUCAUCUGGCCAUUCCUGAUUGUCCUUUGCCUGAUCCGUGCCAUCCUUAUGAUCGUCCAACUCAAUCGCGGGAAGGACAAGAUCCAAUGGGAGUGCCUGAAUGGCGGUCAGCUCUGGGGCGCGUCUGCCGAGAGCGGUUACGCGACAACAGUAUCGUCGUUCCCCACCGGUUUCUGCGACACAGGCUUCUCAAGUAUCUACGCCGCAUUUGUCGGCGGCCUGAUCGUGGACCUCGUCUUCCAGAUCUACAUGUUCUUCCUCAUGUGGCGCUUCCAGAAGAGGCUCGAACACUACAACGGCAUGAAGGGCCCAUACAAUGGCGGUAAGUGUUUGCUCACCAGCGGAUGUAAACGGCUGUUCAGAUUCGUCGACCCUUUGUCGUGGCCCCUCAUGGACACAUCGUGCCCACGGGAGCUUACCGGCAUAUGA